UCUUAUAGUCUUAUUUCGCUACCCUCGGUAUCCUCAUUUAUUUUUCUUUCUUCCUUCCGUCCUUAAGACAAAGUCACAAAGGCUUCAUUAAUUGGCUGCAAAGUUCUCAUCUCCCUUUGACCAUGUCGUCUAUUAAAACCAUUAAGGUCAGCAAUGUUUCUUUACAAGCUACUGAGCGAGACAUCAAUGAGUUCUUUUCCUUUUCUGGUGAUAUAGAAUAUGUAGAAAUGCAGAGUGACAAUGAGCGGUCUCAAACUGCCUAUGUUACCUUCAAGGAUUCACAAGGAGCAGAGACUGCUAUUCUUCUUUCGGGAGCAACGAUAGUCAAUCUGUCUGUCAGCAUUUCGUUAGCUCCAGACUACAAAUUGCCUCCUGCUGCUUUUGCACCGCCUCCUGCCGCUUUUGCACCGCCUCCUGCUGCUUUUGCACCGCCUCCUGCUGCUUUUGCACCUCCUCCUCCAAUACAAAACCAAACUCCUGCUGGUGCUGAUUCGGCAAUGCGGAAGGCAGAGGAUGUUGUUACUGGCAUGCUUGCUAAGGGCUUUAUAUUGGGCAAAGAUGCAGUCAACAAGGCAAAGAGCUUCGAUGAGAAGCACCGGCUAACAUCAACAGCCUCAUCCAAGGUAGCAUCUUUUGACAAGAAAAUUGGGUUCACCGAGAAGGUAAGUGCUGGUACUAGUGCGGUGAGUGGGAAAGUUAGGGAAGUGGAUAAAAAAUUUCAGGUUUCAGAGAAAACCAAAUCAGCAUUCUCUGUGGCCGAGCAAAAGGUGAGCAGUGCAGGAUCUGCCAUAAUGAAGAACAGGUAUGUAUUCACCGGAGCUUCAUGGGUGACUGGUGCUUUCAACAAGGUUGCAAAAGCAGCAGGUGAUGUUGGCCAGAAAACAAAAGAAAAAGUGGGAGCGGCUGAAGAAGAGCGAAAAAGAAAAGUGGUGGAUGACUUUGCACAGAUUCAUCUAUCUGAGUCACCUAAAGCUACUGCACCAAACGAACAACAUAAUCCCUCUAAGCCUGCAUCUGCUCAAGGGCUGAUCCUUUGAGUUACUGCUGCUGCUGUUAAUACCUUUGGAAUUGAACUCUGUCGGCUCUUAGUAGUUUCUCUCGCAUUUGUAUUUCUGGUGCGGGAAUGGUCCAUUAUAGCAUAUUAGUAUAUAAUUAAACUAUAUUCUGGGGCAGUAUUGAGUGAAUUGAACUAACGUUACAUCGUUGGUGGUGGUUUUGUUUUACAAAUUUUUAUAUAGUUUUAUCUGAUUAGAGAUGAUAACGCAAAA